ACUCUUGCUAAUACACUUAAAUCCUUAAGAUUCAUAUCCUCAGACAAAAAAUAAAUAUACCAGCAACUAAAGUUGCGAAACACCUCAGAAUCACGCAAAUUUGUGACUCGUUCUAAUGAUACCAACUGUAAAGGAACGUCAAGCUGGCGCUUAUGAUUUCAGAAAAUAUUAUGAAAAUCUGUGUGCGCUGCGAAAUUGCUCCCCGCUCUCUGUAAUCACAAGCCAUGUUAAUAAUGGAGUUCUCGACAUAAGUGCAGAUAGAAUAAAGACUCAAGAGUGGGAUCCAGUUUUUGAUGCUAUUAAAAUCAAUAAAAGCCUGCAUUUCAUUGCAGUCAGAAGUUUCUAUCAGUAUAAUAGCGUUUCAGACAGUUCAACUUCAACCAAUCGACGACGUCCACCAAUUUUACUAUCCAGUUCAAAACUUUUAUUAAAUUUAUGCAAAGCAUUACGUCACUGUUCAUGUGUUACAGAAAAAUUAACAUUUUUAGAAUUGCAGAAUCUUCCAAUCAGUAAAACAGGUUUAUUACAAAUUUGUGAAGGUAUUAGAAAAAAUCGUACAUUGAAACAUUUGUCAUUUGAAGGUUCUUCCAUAAAUGAUGAUGGUCUUGAAGAAAUUUGCCGAGUUUUACGUCAUGUCUCAAAUAUUUCAACUCUCAAUUUAACAUCAUGUAAUUUGUCAAAGGAUGGAAUCUCUGCAUUGACUGUACUUAUCAAUUAUCAAGCAAUGCAAAGACAUAAUGCCGCUUGGCAAGAAUCAUUACGUUAUCGUUUUCCAGAACUUGAUCGUCUUGGUGGAUUAAAACGUAUCACAUUGAAUGAUAAUCCAAAAAUAUGUGAUGAAGGCUCUAUUCAAUUAGCUGAUGCAUUGAUUGAUGAUUUAUGGGUGAAAGCUAUUGAUUUACAAGCAUGUAAUCUAAGUGAUAGCUCAGCAAGUACAUGGUUAGCUGUAUUGAUAGGAUUACGAAUAGCUAAUGGAAAUCAAUUGAUGACACAUGAUGAAAUACAUUUAAAAUCAAAUAGAUCAUCUACUAUAGAUGAUCAACAUCGUGGAAAUCAUUCUUUAGUUGUUCUUGAUUUACGCAGAAAUCCUAAUAUAUCUCGUGAUCUAUUACGUGCUGUAACAGAAAGGGCACUUAUCAAUUCCGAGGGUAAACAGACUGAAUUUAGUUGGUUAAAAGCUGGCUCACAAACUCCAUCACAAUUAUGCUCUGGUGUAACAACUUAUCCAUGGCCAGGUUUAACUGAUAUGUCAAAUCCUAUUCCUGGCAUUGAUCUAAUAAAUCCAUUCAACAAAUCUGUGAAAUCAUCUAAUUCUUAUCGAGCAAGAUCAAAAUCAAAUAAUUCUUUGCAUUAUCAUGAGAAAACUGUUAAUUCUGAUGAUAAAAAUGUAUGUAUAUAUCAUAGAAAUAACUUAUCUGAUAGACCACCGUUUAUACCUGCUGGUGGUCGACCAAGAUGCCGUAGUGCGGAUCCUGCACAUUAUCUAGAUCAUAGAACACAUCAUAAAUGUAAUGUAGACUUACAUAAGAAGUGUAAUCGUCAUUUACAUUGUUCUGAUUCUGGCCAGCCUUUAAGUGAACGAGCAGUAUGGAAACCACCUGGUGUGGCUAAAACUAAUCAAAAUGUAUAUUAUAGUCGACCAACUACUCCAUUAUCAAGUCAAACAAGUUUUACUGCAGGAAUACCGUGGAGAACUGCCGCAAGAGCAUCACGCUGUCGAGGCUAUCCAAAUUUUCACUGUCCAGGUAAAACAUGUCUUGAAUCACGUGCUCUACAUUUGGAUUAUAAUCUUGUCAAUAAACAAUCAUCAAAUGUUAAUAAUAUAAAUCAGAAUGUCAAUAAAUCUGUUAUUCUUCCAUGUGCAAAAACGUUGAAUAGGGUUAUCGCUGAUGAAUGUCAUUACCAACAUCAUCGUCAAUCACAAACACAACAGCGUCUUGGGCAUAACCGACAAAACCCAACAUAUCAAAAAUCAUGUUCAAUGAUCAAUUCCAGAAUAAGUUCCCCAGAAUUAUCAGGGAUAAAUUUUCAGCAUAAAUUAAAACAGCUUAUGACGAAAGUAUCACAACUUGAAAAAGAUUUACAAACUGAAAAACGAAAAUCUGAUCGGUUAUUGAAAAAUCGUCAGUUUGUUCAACAAGAGAAUGAAUCCAAGCAUCUAUUUCAAAUUGAUCAAGAUUCAAUCCAUCAAUUGAGAAACUUCAUUUGUCGUUUGACAAAUAUGAUUGAAACUCUUCAAAAUUCGAAGAAUAAAUCUAAUAUAUCCAAUGAUGAACUGAACAUUUUACAAGAUACAUUUGAACAAUUAUGCUCUCUUAUUAGUCGUAUUACAGAAGAAGAAAAUGUUGACAAAAAACAUUCUUCUACUUAUUAUCAUGAAAUAAGUAGUAAUAAAAUGAAUAAAGAAGAAAAUAAAAUUGCGAAAAGUAUAAAUCAUAUGAAACAUAAAUCUAUUGUCCAUAAUCAUGAAAAAUCUAAUACUAAACAAAUAAAAGGGCAUAUUCAAUGGAAAACGAUUGCUAAAACACGUGCUGUACAAACAGAGAAUCCGCAGAAUUCAAUUAAAACUAAUGAAAAGAUAAUUAGUGAUAAUAAAAAUAGUAUACAACAUAAAUAUGAAGUAUCCAAUCCUCAUAUUGCAUGGAUUCCUUCUACAUGUACAAAUACAGCUACUCAUACCGGUAUCAAAAGUACUAUGUCGAAUUCAUAUAAUGACAAUGAUAAUAAUAAUAAUAAUAAUAAUAAUAAUAUCAAUAAUAGCACAGUAAUCCCUUUAAACUCAGAAGAUGAACAAGAACAAAGUCAAAUAACUAACAACACAUCUGUAACUAGUAACAAUAAUAAUAAUAAUAAUCUAAGGGUUACGAACUAUGAAAAUAUUAAUCACAAAAAUUCUAUGGAUGAUCACAACAGUAACGUUGAACAUCAAUAUUGUCGUUUAGAUAACAGUACCGCUGACCAUCAUCAUCAUCCUUCGACUAAUCCUACAGAACAACUAAUUGAUAAUUUAGACAUUUUUAAGAAAAGUUCACAAACAGACCAAAUGUUUGCUGAAUUGAAAGCAGCUACAAUAAUUGGUACAUAUUCAAAUGAUGAUAAUAAUAGUAAUAAUAAUACGAAGAAUCGAUUACUGGAUAAUAAAAAAAUGAAUGGGUGUAUACCAAAGGUGAAAAGUAUUGAAAUAGGUGACACAAAUGAAAUAUCAAUGCUAAACGAUUCAAACAGUUCAACAUGUGUCUCCAACGUUUACAACAUUCAAAACACUAACUGUAAUAAGAAUUUAAACACAAUUGAGAAUGAUGAAUUGGUUGGUAAACAAGUGGACAAUACCAAUCAAACAACAACAACAAAGAAAUCACUAACUAAUCAGAAAUCUAAUGAAUUCAAUCAAUUGAACAUUGAAACGAAUCACUUAAACAAAUGUAGUUUGAAUAAACCCAAUCAAUUUCUUCAUAAUGAAAACAUAUACCUCAUUGAGAAUACAAUUUGUAAUGAUGAAAAAACUAUUCAGACAAAUAAUAAUGGUAAUCACAACAUCAAUGCUACUACUACUACUACUACUACUACUACUACUACUACUACUACUACUAAUAAUAAUAAUAAUAAUAAUAAUAAUAAUAAUAAUAAUAAUAGUAUAAACGAUUCAGAGGACGAGUUAUUUGAUGAGUUGAUCAGGAGUGAUUUUGAUUCACCAAUCCCCAAUCCCACAGACUUUGAUUUAAACUCUGUAGAUUAUGAUGAAAUAGCUUAUGAUGAUCAGUUAUCAUCAACUAGUACAAGUCUAUUGUUGGACAAUUCAAAUCCAAUUUAUCAAUCAACAAAUAAUUCAUUGAUAUCAACUGAAAAUUGAUCAACAUUACUACCAUUAUUAUUAAUAAUAAUCGAGUAUCUUAUUGUGGUGAAUUCAUGUUUGAUUCUUAUUUCAUUUUCAAUUGUUUACGUAUUGAUAAUUGAACACCUUCCGGUGAUUACAACAAUUUCACAUACAUACACACAUACAUCUUUUGUAAUUUUAAGAAAAUCAGUUGACUGCAGUACAUAUAUAAUAGGUAUAUUGUGAGCACAAAUAUGUUGGUGUGCAUAACAUCCAUUCUUCCAACAUUUUUGUUUGUUAAACUUUUCAGAAUAAAUAAACCUCGUAAUACCAUAUAUCGUUAAUUUUACUUUAGCAGUCUAAUAUAUACUACUUUUAAGUAGUAUGAUU